GAUGUGUCGAUCACUUCUGAGUGCGAGAAUCUUUCAUCAGAAGUAUUAUUAUUGUUCAAUCUCCAUGAUACAGAACUUAAAGCUGCAUGUGGUAGAGUCUGGAGAUGCUAAGAAUCCUUUGAUGUUAUUCCUCCAUGGCUUCCCUGAAUGUUGGUAUUCAUGGAGACAUCAGAUCAGAGCAUUUAACAAAGAUUAUCACUGUGUAGCAUUUGACAUGAGAGGUGUAGGUGAAUCAGAUGGCCCUCCAGGAAAGAGAAAUUAUACUUCUGACCUAAUUACAGGUGAUGUAUGUGAACUAAUCCAGGUUCUAGGGCAUGAGACAUGCAUCUUGGUGGGACAUGACUGGGGUGGAUUGAUAGGAUGGAAGUUUGCAGCACAGUAUCCUCAGAUGGUUGAGAGAUAUAUAGCAAUGAACAUACCCCAUCCUGAUAGAUUCAGCGAGCUCUUAACAUUUCACCUACCUCAGAUCAUCAUGUCAUGGUACAUAUUUUUCUUCCAAAUUCCUUGGUUUCCUGAGAGAGCAGUAAAGAUGGGAGAUUACAACAUGAUUGAUGAGGAAUGCAAGCAUGGUGAAACAACAGAUGAAGAUAUCCAGGCAUUCAAAUACUCUAUAUCGAAACCUGGUCGUACACACACUUUCCUGAACUACUAUCGUAAUGAACUUACUCUACUCUUCAAUAAGACCGGUGUGGUAAAGACACCGACUCUGCUCAUCUGGGGGACAGCAGACAAUUACCUCCACACCAAACUUUCUUACGACACAGAGAAAUUCUGCCCCAGUCUGAAGGUAGAGCGUAUAGAGGGCGGCAAUCACUUCAUCCAACAGGACAAGCCAGAUCUAGUCAAUCAGCUGAUGAGAAAAUAUUUGGAGAGAGAAAUUACUCUUAAAAUAUGAAGCUACUUUUAGAAGAUGCAAUGAAGUUCUAUAUGUUUAUCAAUAGUAAAGCUCCUUUUUGUGAAGGAAAAAAUAUAAAAACUGAUAAUGCUAAACAUUCAAUCCCGAAUAAGUACAUGUACAUCACCAUUAAUGAUUUUAUUGACAUCUCCCAUAGAUGUAUGUGAAUGAACCCUUUUUGACAACUAUUCUGAGAUGCUAGAAAAAACAAAUUAUAUGCAUUUGGCUGCGUUCAUGCUUAAAUUUUGAAGGCAG